CUGCUCUGCAGUCCGGUCCUUUCUGCUGCAUGUCCGCAGCCUCUGGUCAUCCCCUGGACUGUGUCCGCAGUCUCUGGUCAUCCCUUGUACUCUGUCCGCAGUCUCUGGUCAUCCCCUGUACUGUGUCUGCAGUCUCUGGUCAUCUCCUGUACUACGGCCGCAGUCUCUGGUCAUCUCCUGUACUACGCCCGCAGUCUCUGGUCACCUCCUGUACUACGCCCGCAGUCUCUGGUCAUCUCCUGUACUACGCUCGCAGUCUCUGGUCAUCUCCUGUACUACGCCCGCAGUCUCUGGUCAUCUCCUGUACUACGCUCGCAGUCUCUGGUCAUCUCCUGUACUAUGCUCGCAGUCUCUGGCCAUCUCCUGUACUACGCUCGCAGUCUCUGGUCAUCUCCUGUACUACGCUCGCAGUCUCUGGUCACCUCCUGUACUAUGUCCGCAGUCUCUGGUCAUCUCCUGUACUACGCCCGCAGUCUCUGGUCUUCUCCUGUACUAUGUCCGCAGUCUGGUCAUCUCCUGUACUACGCCCGCAGUCUCUGGUCAUCUCCUGUACUGUGCCCGCAGUCUCUGGUCAUCUCCUGUACUGUGUCCGCAGUCUCUGGUCAUCUCCU